AUCGCCAAUAGUUUAGGAUAACAGAUCCCUUAACAUAGGCAAGCGGGCAUUUAUCAAUUAGCCAGGCUCUCCAAGGUCGAGGCCAUUUGUUUUCUGGAUAAGGUGGGAGAGGGAAAGCAGCACAACUUUCGUGUCAGAUUAUCCAUCGUACCAAUAAGGUCACGAUUAUACACGAAGGGAGUCGGGAAAUGACGUAUUUCCGGUUGUGUCCGAGCCCACCUACCUUGAUCUGAGGAUUCACAGGCCCAAUCAUUUCGUCCGUGAUCAUCCAAUAAGUUGGAAGUGUCCGCGUUGGUUUAGUAAUGUUUCGUUGUGCAUAAGUAUGUACCCUUAAGUGACGUUAAGUGUAAUUAAUUAAUUGAAUAAUUUGUUCGUUUCAUAGUAGGCCAAGAUUAAGUGUGCGUUGCAAGAUUGUGUGCGGUAGUAGGAAACAAUUAUAAAGAUAAAGGUAAAUUGACGUGCUCAUAGUGUGAUGUUUAGUGCUUGUGCUCAUAUUGUUCGUCCAGCCAGAUUGGCGUGUAUUUUCCCACCCGCAGCAAUCACCUCGUACCCCAGCGCGACAUUUCUCCCCGACGGACGAAACAUUCCUGGCGAUCGUCACCUGCUAGAAGCGGACCGAUCCGUCGCCAUAUCGGUCCGAGGGAAGGCCAGGGGACCUCCACGUGGACGAGAUCCACCAGCCGGCAAGCAACCGCCAUUCUGUUGCGUCGGCUUCAUUAAGAAGCGUCAUCGCCGGCAUCAACAAGCCGGGAGCGUCGACCCCACCGGCAGGUCAUCGACUGGGUCAGUAAGCCCAUACAAACCGGCCACAACUUACGGACGAGCUCGCGUGGCUCGUGGCAGAACCGGGCAGGACCAGGCAGACCAGACAAUCCAACGGCGUGCUGCCAGUAGCGCUCGCCGUCAGGCGUUUCGACGGCGGACUAUUCUUCGCCGGCGACAACAAAGGAUCACAAUGGGAUAA